AUGCUUUUUGAAUAUGACACGCUAGGAGAAGGCUCGGCGUGCGACACGUACCCAUGCUGGAACGAGGGCACCUGCCUGCCCGGGAAUGAGUCUCGAAGCGAAUACACUUGUCAGUGCGCCCCGUUCUACUCUGGUGAUCACUGUCAAAUUCGGUUACUCGACCAGUGCGUGACGCACGGUUGCAAGCCCGGGAUGACUUGUCGAAUCAACGGGAUCGACCUGCACUGCCCUUUGGACCUGUUUAAUGACUUCCUGUCGAACUGCCUGACGACGCAAUGUCUGAAUGGAGGGUCGUGCCUGGACCAUGGAAGCGGAUACCGAUGCACGUGUGUUGCACCGUUUCACGGACCGUUUUGCCAAUUCGAGGGCAACCAGUCCGCCUCCGCCUGGAGCAUGCUGGAAGUCGGGCUCCUUUGCCUGCUCUCCGCGAUGAUCCUCUUCACGAUUUUCCUGAUUUGUUGUGGAAACAAUGUCGGCUUCUACGUCUCGGUGCCGCAGAAGCGGUACAGCAGGUGGGAAGAAGGCGACAUCUCCGACGAAGAGGAAGACCAAGAAAUUGCGCUCGGCAAUAUGCACGACCCAAAAAUGCGACCCUCAAAAACCGCAGAAACGAUCGUGGACGAAACCGAGCCCGGGCAAACUCCAAAUGCUCCAAAUGCCCCAACCU